AUGCUAAAGUUAGUCAAAAGACCUACUGUCGAACGACAGUUGAAAUCAAGGAUCGAUUCGGUUGUGAAGCAAUCUCUUCUUGGUGCGAAGUGUUGCGACGUGCAACCAGCCCAAUCUCCAAAGUUUGCGAACCCCCUCGCUAGAAGCUAUGGGACUAUAGGGGCUCGACAGCAGAAACAACCGUGGCUCUAUAAUGAGUGCUCGCUACAACCGCUAAUUGCCAAGAGAGGUAUUCAAAUGAGAAUGAACCCUAACCAAGGAGAACCUGAAAAGCCUGCUUUGGAGCAGUUUGGUACCAACCUGACCAAGCUUGCCAAAGAGGGGAAAUUGGAUCCAGUCAUCGGGCGUGAUGAGGAAAUCGCGCGUGCGAUCCAAAUCCUUUCUAGAAGAUCCAAGAAUAAUCCAGUUCUGAUCGGAAGGGCAGGUGUUGGUAAGACGUCACUUAUCGAUGGCCUCGCUCAAAGAAUUGUGGCUAAAGAAGUUCCUGACUCUUUGAAGGACAAGGAAUUGGUGGCGCUGGAUUUGGGCUCGCUGAUCGCCGGUGCGAAAUAUAGAGGUGAAUUUGAAGAGAGACUAAAGAAAGUGCUGGACGAAAUUGAUAAAUCGAACGGCCAGGUUAUCAUCUUUAUCGAUGAAGUUCACAUGCUGUUGGGAUUGGGUAAGACCGACGGUAGCAUGGACGCUUCGAACAUUUUGAAACCUAAAUUAGCUAAAGGUUUACGCUGUAUAUCAGCUACGACGUUAGAUGAAUUUAAGAUCAUCGAAAAGGACCCUGCUUUGACCAGACGGUUUCAGCCCAUCUUGUUGAAUGAACCGUCAGUAUCAGAUACAAUUUCGAUCCUAAGAGGCUUAAAGGAGAGGUACGAGGUUCAUCACGGUGUCAGAAUCACUGACACUGCAUUAGUUUCUGCUGCGGUUCUAUCCAAUCGUUACAUUACUGACAGAUUUCUACCGGAUAAGGCCAUAGAUUUGGUCGAUGAGGCUUGUGCGGUUUUAAGGUUACAGCAUGAAUCGAAACCAGACGAAAUACAAAAAUUAGAUCGUGCCAUAAUGAAAAUCCAAAUCGAACUUGAGUCCUUGAAGAAGGAGACAGAUCCGGUCAGUGUGGAGAGAAGAGAUGCCUUACAGAAAGAUUUGGAUUUGAAAAACGAGGAACUAAGCAGAUUAACUAAGAUCUGGGAACAGGAGAGAGCCGAAAUUGAAGCUAUUAAGAACGCCAAAGCAGAUUUAGAGCAGGCAAGAAUUGAACUAGAAAGGUCACAGAGAGAGGGUGAUUACACGAAGGCUUCCGAGCUCCGUUACGCCAAAAUACCAGAUCUGGAGAGAAAAGUGGCUUUAAGCGAGAGAAAGAAUGAUAACCAGCAAAUCAAUCUGUUGCAUGAUUCAGUGACUUCAGAUGAUAUAUCCAAAGUGGUCGCCAAAAUGACAGGUAUUCCAACGGAGACAGUCAUGAAAGGUGAUAAGGAUAGACUGCUCUACAUGGAAGAUUCGCUUAAGGAAAGGGUUGUGGGCCAGGAUGAAGCUAUUUCUGUUAUAUCAGAUGCUGUUAGGCUACAAAGGGCAGGAUUAACAAGCGAAAAGAGGCCUAUUGCAAGCUUUAUGUUUCUUGGUCCAACAGGUACCGGUAAAACUGAAUUGACCAAAGCGCUGGCUGAAUUUUUGUUUGAUAAUGAAUCAAAUGUUAUUAGGUUUGAUAUGUCUGAGUUUCAGGAGAAGCAUACAGUGUCACGUCUAAUAGGUGCUCCUCCAGGGUACGUUAUGAGUGAAUCAGGUGGUCAAUUAACGGAGGCUGUUAGAAGAAAGCCAUAUGCAGUGGUUUUAUUUGAUGAGUUCGAGAAGGCUCACCCUGAUGUCUGUAAAAUCCUGCUACAAGUUUUGGAUGAAGGUAAGCUUACGGAUUCUACGGGUCAUCCGGUGGACUUCCGUAAUACGAUUAUCGUCAUGACUUCCAAUGUAGGCCAAGACAUUCUACUGGCUGACAAGGAUGUCGCUGAAAGCGGUAAAGUGAGUGCCAAUACGAAGCAAGAAGUAAUAGAUGCCAUGAAGAGGAUGUAUCCACCGGAAUUCAUAAAUCGGAUCGAUGAUAUUGUUGUAUUCAACAGAUUAUCAAAGGACGUUCUGAGGUCGAUAGUCGAUAUUAGAAUUGGAGAAAUUCAAGAGAGGUUAAAUGAAAAGAGAAUGACAAUAAAACUAUCAGAUGAGGCCAAGAAUUGGUUGACUGACCGUGGCUAUGAUCCAUUGUAUGGUGCAAGACCCUUAAACAGGUUGAUUCACAGAAGUAUCCUAAAUCCUAUGGCAACUUACUUGUUAAAAGGUCAAAUUAGAAAUGGUGAAACUGUAACGGUAGAUGUUAAAGGAGAUCAGCUUGAGGUCGAGCCUAAUCACCAAGAGGGCGAGCUUCUUGAUGAAGAGCCCGAAAAAUGA